AUGAGGCGCGCGCCGGCCGCUGAGCGCCUGGCGGAGCUGGGCUUUUCCCAGCGGUGCGGACGCCAGGGGCCGCCUUUUCCGCUGGGUGUCACUCGGGGGUGGGGAGGAUGGCCCAUUCAAAAGCGCUGCGAGGGAGCCUGGCCAGUGCCCUUCAGUGAGCGCUCGCAGGAGAUCGGCACAGGCCCAACAGCCGCUCGAGCCGCCGGGACCUGGUGGCGCGUCAGGACGCGGCUGCAGCUGUGCCGGGACCCCGAGCCGCCUCUCUGCUUCCUGCGCAUUAGCCUCUUCUGCGCGCUCCGGGCCGGCGGCCGAGGGAGCCGCUGGGGUGAGGACGGCGCGCGGCUGCUGCUGUUGCCCCCGGCCCGGGCGACUGGAAGCGGAGAGGCCGAGCCGAUCGGGGACGCCCCUUAUGCCAGGAGGAUGCUGGAGAGCAGCGGCUGCAAGGCGCUAAAGGAGGGGGUGCUGGAGAAGCGCAGCGACGGGCUCCUGCAGCUCUGGAAGAAAAAGUGCUGCAUUCUCACUGAAGAGGGGCUGCUGCUCAUCCCGCCUAAGCAGCUGCAGCAGCAGCAGCCACAGCCCGGGCAGGGGACCACUGAGCCGUCCCAACCCAGCUGCCCAGCUGUCGCUGGCCUUGAGCCACCGGCCAAGCUCAAGGAAUUGCACUUUUCCAACAUGAAAACCGUGGACUGCGUGGAACGCAAGGGCAAGUAUAUGUACUUCACUGUGGUCAUGGCAGAGGGCAAGGAGAUCGACUUUCGGUGUCCGCAGGACCAGGGCUGGAACGCAGAGAUCACGCUGCAGAUGGUACAAUACAAGAACCGUCAGGCCAUCCUGGCGGUCAAGUCCACGCGGCAGAAGCAGCAGCACCUGGUCCAGCAGCAGCCUCCGCAGCCGCAGCCGCAGGUCCAGCCCCUGCCCCAGCCCCAGCCCAAGCCUCAGCCUCAGCCUCAGCAGCUGCACCCCUACUCGCAUCCUCAUUCACACCCGCACCUACACCCACACCCUCCGCCACCGCACUCGCAGCCGCUCGUCCAGCCACACGGCCACCGGCUUCUGCGCAGCACCUCCAACUCUGCCUGAAGGGGGCCGCGCUCGGCCGGACGAGGUUUUGAGGACUUGAGGAAGCGGGACGGACACAGUUCUAUUGUCCUCACUGGGAUCAAAAGCAGAACAGUUCCCCGCCCCGCACCAGAUCAAGUAGCUUGGACAUCACCCGACUGAUAGAUAACGUGAUUCCUUAGUUUUCUGCAGAUUCAUCAUUUCCGUACAGGAAGCGAUCCUAAGUCGAGAAGACUUUACUUACGAAACUUGGAAAGGAUCUGAUAAUGUAGUAGACCUCCCAGGAGCGACGAUGUACUGUAAUUUUAUGUUAAUGUAUUUUGGUUUAUGAUUAUUUAUUAGUUUUUUAAUGCUUGUUCUAAGACAUUUCUGAAUGUAGGCUAGGCCAUUUUUUCAAAAAAGAACUUUAUUUUUAAAAACCUACUCUGUAGUAAGUUCUAAUCUUGGGAAAGAAAAAAGGGUGAUGGAGGGGAAAACAUUAAAAACUCAUUCAGUACUCCUAAGGCAUUUUCAGAAGGUCUGACGCUUUCAUUGUUAUGCCAGGUGGUUGAAAUUAAACUCCCAUACUGUUUUUUUCUCUGAAGUUUCUUCCUUAAAUACAUACUUUGUAUAAGAGCUUUUUAAAACUAAAAGCUCAAAAUUGUGUAAUUAUGACUAUCAUGCUCAAGAUAAUGUUUUUUUAAAAGACAAUUAGUAGUAAUGACACCUACUUUCACAAAAAUGUAAAACAUACCGGGACAGAGUAGGAUGAGGAAGUCUUGAUUAUGUAGUAGGACUGGCUCUACUUAGAGCUUUUAUCAUCUGUGUGAAGGUUUAAUAAGAGUCCUUUUCGAGCUGUGUGUGUAGCCUAGUGCCAGGCUCUGAGUUUAGCCCCUGACACCAGGGGGGAAAAGGAAAUGAAAAGGGGGAGAAGCCGUUUUGAUUGUGACUUGAUGUUUCACAUGAAAACUGUAGUGGGGGAGAGAGAAGGAGGCAGCCAACUUGAGAGUGUGUGUGCCCCUUUCCAGACUAGAAUGUCCUCCACCAAGAGAUUUGCACAGCUGACUUGAACCAUAUUUUCUGAUCUGUGUACUUUGUUCGAGAAGACCACUGAAUAAUCUUACGGUUUAAAGUACAGUUUGUAGAUAUAGCAACAGACCAGGAGUCAUAAAUUUUAAAUUCACAGAAAAUGUUUUUCUUCAAAAUGGCCUGUUUUUCUCUGUUCUGUGAAAAAUUUUAGGGCUAUAUAUAUCCUUAGGUUAGCUAGACUCAGACACUGAAAGAGGAAGACUGGUAAACAAUGGAUUUUCAGUAAGCAAACAACUGAAGUCUUGUUUUAGCUGUCACUUGUUCAGGAGCCUACCGGUAGCGGGGAGAGGAUGCUUUUAAAGGUAGAACAAACCCGCUUCUGUGUUCUGUCAAAAGGAUGUACAAAUCCUCAAGGCAGAGGCUACUUAAGUUUAAAAGAGCCUUAGUUGAUAGCAGAUUCUCUUGGGGCUGAAAAUCAUUUCCUAUCUACAUGGCUUCACUAAUGAUUCUUUGUUUUAUGUUGUCUUUCACAGAGUCUUGGUCAGUAUUUUUCCAGCAUUAAAAUUGGAAGGGUCAAGCCAGGUGUGGUACAUGCCAGUAAGCCCAGCUGUCUAGGAGGCUGACAGCAAAUUUAAAUUUAACCUGGGCAACUUAGCGAGAUCCUGUCUGAAAAUGAAUUAAAAAAGGACUGGAGAUGUGUAGUCAGUGCGAAGGCCCUGGGCUCAGUCCCCAGCACAGGAUGUGGGAUGGGGUGGGGAAGACUGGGCAGGGAUAGACUACUGCUGAGAUGCACCAUUAAUCUGGAAAAUACCUUCAAUGCAAUUUAAAUGAUGACAUUUGAGGUCAUAAUUCUCACACAAAAAAUUGCAGGAAAAAUUAAAAUGCAAAUGACAAAACUGGAGUCCCACUUUGAGGGUGUUGCUUAGGCCAUGGGUGUGAAAACAUGCUGCUUGAGCUUAAAAAUAUAGUAUCUUUAUAUGACCGCCCAGAGAGCCAAACCAAAGGAUUUCUUAAGUCCAGUUUGAUUUGACUUCCUGAGAGCUACUGCUGUAUUUUUUUUUUAAAGGAAUCCCUCCUAGUGUUAGAGUUUUAAUGCAUGCAGCUCAUAAUGACCCAAAUUAAUCCACAACUCUUUCUAAUUAGCAAAUCUUUCUUCUGAACUCUUGUUUAAAAAAAAAAAAAUCCAGACCAAAUACUUUGAAAAUUAAGGUUGAUGUAGGUUUGUGAAGAUGUAUUUGCACAUUAUCUUAUGUACAGCACAAGAUAAUCUCAUUGUUGAAAAAAUAUGUCCAUUUCUCAACCACUUGAAGGUUUCUUUUUUUUAACCACAAUAGUCAUGGUUCUUACUGGGCUGCCAGAGUAGCGGGUUUGUGUUCCUCCGUGUGCUUAACACUUACAUUGAUUGACCCUCUUUAUGGUUGUCUGGUUUGAUCCUCUCUUAACUUUUAUCUGUGUAAUUUUAGGAAUUAGUAAAAGUAGGAUAGCUGUUCUUGUUGUUUCAAUAACCCUAAAAGUAUUAUCACUGGAUCAUUUUUUCCAGAGCAGAAAACCAAGCAUGCUAAACAAAACAAAAUACAAAGGCACAUCAUUUAAUAUCUCAUAGCUCUUUUCCUACCCCUCUGAAAAUGAUACUGGUAUCUAAGGUACUAUGAGGCCCAACAAGUCCGCUCUGCAGACGAAGAUAAAAAUGCUUUCAACCUAAGAAAAGUGCAAGUGUAGUAGACAACCCACCCCUUGGACAAACAUCAAAUGUAAAAGUUGAAAAAGUAGAAAUGUCCCAUCUGGAAACUGAGCUUUUGUUCUUGAACUUGUAUUGGCACCCCACUCCCUCCACAUCUGGCUCAGUGACUGUUGGGAGAAGUGUGUCAAAGAAGGAAAAAAAUAUGUGCUUUUCAGCAGCCAGGAGGCUGCUUCUCUGGCCUCACCGAGCACUUCCUAUCAUUGUUCUCAAGUUCCUGAGAACAGUGAGUCCCAGGCCAGGCCCCGCAUCUGUGGACUUUCAGUGCAGAAACCCACCGAGACCUGCCUGCGCCCUGCCGGGUGAGUCGGGUCGCAGCAGAUGCCUCGAAGGAGCCCUUCAAGGCAAAUGCUUGCCUCUGCCAGCAAGCCAGGAUUUUCUAUUCAUGUAUGAAUCAAGGUGAAUUUGUUAUUUCACUUCAUAUACGUUUUUCCAAUGAUAGUUUAUAAAAAGGAGGAAAAAAAAUCACCCAAUAUGUUGCUUAAAGGAAUUGCCUGUACACCUAAACACUGCAGGAAAUCUGCUUUCAAUGAAGCCCUGUUUUAACUCAUUCUUGCUCUCAUGUGCCAGGCACUCUGUACUUCUCUUCAAAAAUCCUAAUGAAAAUCUGAUAGAGAACAAAUUUAACAGUAUAUAUAACAGUACUUUUCCAAGUACAUCCCUUGUUUUCUGUCCCUGGAGUAGUGAUAUGAUUUAGUUAGGGUUAACAUGUCCAGUGGUGGCAUAGAGGAAGGGCCACACAGUGAGUCCCCUAAAGGUUCUGUAGGGUAGGACAGGCCUGUGAACGUUUUGCCUGUUUGGUGUUUUUUCCCUACAUGUGAAACUUACUGGCUUAACUUUGCCAAAACAAACCCUCAGCAGAUAUGUUUUAAGUUGGAACAUUAUAGUUAUUAAAUUCAUCAGUAAGUCUUUCAAGAGAAAUAACACCUAUUUAUUCAAGAUCUCUUAAUUGUACAAAUGUGUUAUAUAAGUUUAUAGGAACUAUUUUCUAAAUUCUUGCCAUGGUUUUUAACAGUGAUGUUUUGAUCAGUGUUGAGUAGCCAUCCAGAUUUGUGAAACACUGAGUCACAAGGUGAUCUGUCAAAUGGUCUAGGAGCUGUCUCAGAAAGGUCACUUUUGUGUGUGUGUGUGUGUGUGGGGGACAGCUUGGCAGCACAGCACUUGGCUAGCAUGUGUCAGGUGGUGGGUUUGAUGGCCAGAACAAGAAAAAGGGCAUUCUUGCCCCAUGAGAAAAUAUGUCCUGGACAUGUGAAACAUCUGCUUAGAAGCCACCCGGGCCUACUGUCCAGCACUCUGAAACUGGUGAUUCACUGGACAAGGGAAGCAAGUUUUUUAAAGAAAGAAAAAAUGAUUCUGUUGUGUCCCAUGGUCAGCCUUCCACUUCAAGUUCUGGAAUGGGUGCACCCAGCUCUGGGAGUGUGCAGGCCCCUGUGGCCCCCAUGCUUUGCCGGACACUGCGUCUGUACACUUGGUAGUGUGGCGAGACUUUGUGUAAAUAUCUCUUAAGCAAUUUUGCAAAGAUGUGAUUUAUUUUUCAUAUUUUCAAAAUGCAUUCCAUUUCAAAUAAAGUAUCUAUUGAGACAACUGAC